GGUGCCCGAGGCGCCUCCCGCAGGGAGUCCCCGCGCCACCGCGCUCCUGCCUGGUCCGCAGCGACAAGGAACCCGGGACGUGCGGGGCGGCGAGGCCCUGCGGGGCGCCCCCCAGCGGCGGCGCGGGCCCCAUGGCUGGGCCGGGCGGAGCGGAACCUGUGAAGUGAAGCCUUAGGGCCGGGAGCCUGAGCGCGUGGCCGGGGCGCCGGCUCCAUGGGCAGCGGAGCCCAGAGGCACGAUGAUGGACGUUAACAGCAGCGGCCGCCCGGACCUCUACGGGCACCUCCGCUCUUUCCUCUUGCCAGAGGUGGGGCGCGGAUUGCCCGACCUGAGCCCCGACGGCGCCAGCCCGGUGGCGGGCUCCUGGGCGCCUCACCUUCUGGGCGGGGUCCCCGAGGUGACGGCCAGCCCGGUGCCCACCUGGGACACAACCCCGGACAAUGCUUCUGGCUGCGGGGAACAGAUCAACUACGGCAGAGUGGAGAAAGUUGUGAUCGGCUCCAUUCUGACGCUCAUCACGCUGCUGACGAUCGCUGGCAACUGCCUAGUGGUGAUCUCCGUGUGCUUCGUCAAGAAGCUCCGCCAGCCCUCCAACUACCUGAUCGUGUCCCUGGCGCUGGCCGACCUCUCCGUGGCCGUGGCGGUCAUGCCCUUCGUCAGCGUCACCGACCUCAUUGGCGGCAAGUGGAUCUUUGGCCACUUUUUCUGCAACGUUUUCAUCGCCAUGGACGUCAUGUGCUGCACAGCCUCGAUCAUGACUCUGUGCGUGAUCAGCAUCGACAGGUACCUGGGGAUCACCAGGCCGCUGACAUACCCUGUGAGGCAGAACGGGAAAUGCAUGGCGAAGAUGAUCCUCUCCGUCUGGCUUCUGUCUGCCUCCAUCACUCUACCCCCACUGUUCGGGUGGGCUCAGAAUGUCAAUGACGACAAGGUGUGCCUGAUCAGCCAGGAUUUUGGCUACACGAUCUACUCCACCGCCGUGGCAUUUUAUAUCCCCAUGUCCGUCAUGCUUUUCAUGUACUACCAGAUUUAUAAGGCGGCCAGGAAGAGUGCGGCCAAACACAAGUUCCCCGGCUUCCCCCGCACGGAGGAGCCCGACGGCGUCAUCUCCCUGAACGGCAUGGUGAAGCUCCAGAAGGAGGUGGAGGAGUGUGCCAACCUUUCGAGACUCCUCAAACACGAAAGGAAAAACAUCUCCAUCUUUAAGAGGGAGCAGAAAGCAGCCACCACCUUGGGGAUCAUCGUGGGAGCCUUCACCGUCUGCUGGCUGCCGUUCUUUCUCCUCUCGACAGCCAGACCCUUCAUCUGCGGCACGGCCUGCAGCUGCGUCCCACUGUGGGUGGAAAGGACAUUUCUGUGGCUGGGAUAUGCAAACUCUCUCAUUAACCCUUUUAUAUAUGCCUUCUUCAACCGGGACCUGCGGACCACCUAUCGCAGUCUGCUUCAGUGCCAGUACCGGAAUAUCAACCGGAAGCUCUCGGCAGCAGGCAUGCAUGAGGCCCUGAAGCUCGCAGAGAGGCCCGAGAGACCCGAGUUUGUGCUGAACUCAAAGGUGUAAGACGACAGAUAGGAUAAUUCUUGACCACCGUGUCACUUCACAGACAAAACUCUGACUACUGUAGAAAAAAAAGUCAUGAUUCAUGAUCAAAAGCGGAAUAAUGGAGACGAAAUAAGCAAGGCAAGACAGAGGUGGAAACAGAAGGAAAUCAUUUGCUGAGACUGCAGAGUGGAACACGGCUUCUGUCCUUUCUUGGGAUGGCCCAGACGUGACAAGCAGGGCCGUCUGUUGUGCCCAGUACUUGAUGAGGGAGGUGCUGACCUCCCUUGCUCUGUGGAUCAGCACGUUCGUGUACCAAUGAAAGUAGCUCGUAGUCUGAGACAGCCAGGUCAGCUCAGCAGCAGGCGCAUGGAUAGGCCUGAGUUCCAGAAAGGGAACCGAUUCUGGUGCUUUGAGUGUGUCCAAGUCCAUGCAAGUGGAAGAAAGUUCUAGUGCACAUUUCCCAUGCUUCCAAGUCUAGGCAUUGUGGUGAAUAUUCAGGAAUCAUUCAUGAGACAGAAUGUAUUUUGUUGUAGGACAGAAGGGUGUUUUUCUAAGCAAACUGCGGUAAGCAUAGUGUUGAAUAUGUUGCAUGUCCACGUUAGAAAACAGAGUCCCGCUGUCAGCUAAUACAGAUUCCCCAGAGCAGCAUCUGUGUGAAGCUUCUGUCUGAUAGUGUGGCUGUCCGCAGGGUGCUGGUGACGCCCGCCACUGUAUUGUCCUUGUUAACUCACGUAUCCUUAUGGUGUAACUCAGGAACAGAUCUCAGGAUGAGGAGAAUGACAAAUGUGAAUAAAGCGUUUUCUCGUGCUCACACUUCUUUUGAGGGGUCCUGAGAAGUGAGGAGGAUUCCUUUUGUGAGGAUCGUCAACCUGGAUGCAAAGAGAUUGCUACUCAUCCUCACUGUAUAUUAACAUGGAUCUUGGCACAGAAUCCUUGACUAUCAUUUACACGCAGGCCAGUGGCCCGCAGGCUUUUUUAUAAUGUUUUUGGGGAGGAAGUGUGGGAAUAAUGGGAUUUCUGUGAAGCUGUGGUGCUUCUGGAGAGGGAACAUCAGCAUGUUAAUCCUCAUUGAGCAGCAUUGUAGUAAAUGGAAUCAUUUGAAUCAGAGGUCUCCAGUGCCACUAUUGGGAUGCGGUCCAGAAUAGCAUUCUGUUCUGUCUGAAAGAUUUAAUUUUGUGUUCUCUGUAUCUUAAAUAUGUGCCUGGCAAAUUUGGUUCUCCUACCCCCCACCCAAAGUGGUAGACAUUAAAGGCAGGGUCGGAAACAAAAAGGUCCCAUUAUGAGUAGUAUUUUUUCUAAAAAUGGUACUAUGUAAGCUGAUUGAGCUAGGGAGACAGAAAGAUCAGAAAAGAAGAGUACCCUUAAGUGGAAAAAAUGAAUUCAAAGCUUCAUUUGCUAUAAGAGAACCAAAAGAGAAUAUUAUUUUUCCUACAACGAAUGUGACUGUUCUUACACAGGAUAAUGUGGCAUUCCGAUACGGACUGUGGAUUUCUUCCAACUUUCACUGACGUUGCUUCUCACCAGACACAGGGAGGGGUCAACCUUCCUGAAGGUUCUAUCAGUCAAAGUGUGUACAAAUUCCUGAACCGUGGAUUUGCU